UGUUUGUGUUGUUAAAUAGUUGCAUUAUGAAGUCAAUAUUCACAAAACAGAACAGAGCUAGCUGAAGUGGAUCUUCUCAUUCUCAUUCUCGCUCAUCAACUUCCAACCAAAGAUGGGAGUAGAAGCUACACAAAGGUAUGCAGUGGUGACAGGGGCAAACAAAGGAAUUGGAGUUGAGAUAGUAAGACAGUUAGCUUUAUCUGGAAUCAAAGUUGUGCUUACAGCAAGAGAUGAAAAAAGGGGUCUUCAAGCAUUGGAAACACUCAAAGCUUCUGGUUUAUCUGAUUUUGUCGUGUUUCAUCAAGUAGAUGUGGCUAAUGCUGCAAGUAUAGCUACUCUUGCAGAUUUUGUCAAAUCCAAAUUUGGCAAACUUGACAUUCUGGUUAACAAUGCAGGGAUUAGUGGAACUGUAAUUAAUGACAAAGAUUUAGCACGUUUGCUUAUCAUUAACCCUGGAGCACUGUCAGAAGAUGAAAAGAAAAAGGCAAUGACUCAAACAUAUGAGUUAGCUGAAGAAUGCUUGCAAAUAAAUUAUUAUGGUGCUAAAAUAACUACUCAAUCACUUCUUCCACUUCUUCAGUUAUCUGAUUCACCAAAAAUUGUGAAUGUAUCAUCAACUCUUGGAAAGUUAGAGAGCAUGCCAAAUGAAUGGGCUAAAAAUAUCUUUAGUGAUGUUGAUAACUUAACUGAAGAAAAAGUGGAUGAAGUAUUGAAGAAGUUUCUAGAAGAUUUCAAAGAAGGUUCAUUGGAAAGCAAAGGGUGGCCUAAAGUUGGGGGUGCUUAUAUCUUAUCUAAAGCUGCUAUGAAUGCAUAUACAAGAAUUGUUGCUAAGAAAUUUCCAACUUUAUGCAUCAAUAGUAUCUGUCCUGGUUUUGUCAUCACAGAUAUUACUGCUAAUACCGGUAUGUUAACGGCUGAAGAAGGUGCUGCUAGCAUUGUGAAGCUAGCAUUACUUCCCAAUGGUAGUUUAUCUGGCCAAUUCUAUAACAGGACUGAAGUCUCUUCCUUCUGAUUUGUACUUGAGUUUUGUGGUUUAAGAAUAAAAUAAAAUGUAUUGAUUUGCUUGUUACUGUUGUUAUUAUUGAUGCUGUUUUUGUUACAUAGUAUCAUGUUGUUGCUUUGCUUGUUUUGUUGUUAUUGCUUCUUAUGAAUAACAUGUGACACAUGGCCAGUUAAUUUAUUUAUUCAUUAUGUAUUAAGCACACAGUAA